CCUAUUAGGAGACCUUAAAGAACAGUGUGAAAUACCCUAUACAAUCAUUCUAUCACUAUCACUAAUCUUUAAAUGUGAUUAGACCAGCACACUAUUUCCUUCCUUGUUGUAUUGUAGAUAUGUCUUUCAUAGGGAACACUCUACCACCAGUGACCCAGUUACACAUGGGUGAUGAAUAUGAAUACAUAUAGAACUGUUUAGCACUCUGUGAAAGUAAACACAAUACACUGUGAGCCUAGAACUGAAACAUGAUUUUUUUUUUCUCUGCAAAAAGCUACAGGAGUGUGCAGUUUAUUAAGGAAAAUACAACAGAACAUUGUAAUUUCAUCUUAUUGACAAUAAAAAAAAACACUCAAACAUCUUUAGAUAUUUCUCAAAACAAGAUACAGUAAGCCACAAUUAAAGCUAGGCAAGAAGGUAUGUUCUUAAACACCUGAAGCUACCUUUCGGGAUCUCUCAACAUUACCUGAUUUGUGGAAAAACAAAUGCUUUAGUCACAAGUAUGGGCAUGUUGCAGUGUUUCAGUGCUGUGCAAAGUAGCGUUAUUAAUAGAAUACUGUAAGCGCACCCAAAAUGCAUUUUUCUGCCAAGCAGCCAAUGGCAGGAGAAGAAUAGGAAACUGUGGCUGCCCCCACUGGGCGAUGAGUGCCAUGCCAGAGAGAAGCCACUCUGUGUCACUGACAUCGCCCAGAGCUCAGUGCAGCUGUGAGGACAGAAAGGGACGGAGGGAGGGGGUGUGAGCAUCACAGCUAGGGAGCAAGAGAAAAGGAAGGGAAUUCAUUUGGAGGAGGGGUUUUAAUCAAGAGUGAGAGAGGUUAAAAGAGAUGGUGAGAAAAGGCAAGAAAGUGAGAGACUGUAUGUACUGUAUAUGUGUGUGUGAUGGAGGAAGAUGCUGUUGCCAGGGAACAGCGGUGAAGUAGAAACAUCCAUCUUUUCCAGCUUGCAGCAGGAUCAAAACACGUUAAAUUAUGGAUGCAAAAUGGACUGAAUGCAAGGAGAAGGAAAACAGCGGAUCCUGACUCCCAGCAGCCUAAGAGAAUCAAAGAGAAGGAUGACACAUUUUCUCUCUGAGCCUCCAUUAGAAGCAUCAGUAAACAGCAAGAAUCAUCCAGCAGCCCAGAUCCUGAGCACUCGAGUGUCCCACUUGCAGAUGUAAACAAAGAGGACCCUCACUCUGCUCAGGCAGAUUUAAGGAGGAGGAAGAAAUUUAAGAAGAGAAACUGAAAGCAAAACCGGGAAGCUUUCAAAACGGCGAAGAGGAAGUCAUCCUAAUCACAGUAUAGAGCUGAAGCCCGUCCUCCCUGGCAGAGGAUGGGUACAGCAGAGGCCACUUUACGCAUGGACAGCAUGGAGGUUAAGGACGAGUGGCAGGAUGAAGACUUCCCCAGGCCACUGCCAGAGGAUGGAGAUGUUGAUUCUUCAUGUGGCCUCACUGACCACAGAACCAAUCCUCCCACCACUCUGAAUGUGGGCGUGUCCAUGGCCCAGCGUAAGCGUCGCACUCUGGUCGCCCCCGACAUGAACCUCUCCCUGGAUCAGAGCGAGGGGUCGGUGCUCUCUGAUGAGUUUCUGGAAACGCCCGACGACCUGGACAUCGACGUAGAUGACAUCGAGACUCCUGAUGAGACAGACUCGCUGGAGUUCAUCAACAAUGGCAACGAGCUGGAGUGGGAAGAUGACACUCCUGUGGCCACUGCCAAGCGUCUUCCAGGUGAAAGGGAAGAGGAGAGAGACUCAUCCGGUCGUCUAUGGCGAACAGUGAUCAUCGGAGACCAGGAGCAGCGGAUUGACAUGCAGGUCAUCAGACCAUACCUGAGGGUGGUCACACAUGGAGGUUAUUAUGGAGAGGGUCUGAAUGCCAUUAUCGUGUUUGCCGCCUGCUACCUUCCUGACAGCGGCUGUGAGGACUACACGUACAUCAUGGAGAAUCUCUUUCUGUAUGUUGUGAGCAGCCUGGAGCUGCUGGUGGCCGAAGAUUACAUGAUUGUUUACAUGAACGGAGCAACUCCUCGUAGGAAGAUGCCCGGCAUCAGCUGGCUGAAGAGAUGUUACCAGAUGAUUGACAGGAAACUGAGGAAGAAUCUAAAAUGUCUCAUCAUCGCUCACCCAACGUGGUUCAUCCGGACCGUCCUGGCCAUCUCAAGACCUUUCAUUAGCGUGAAGUUCAUGGACAAGAUUCGUUAUGUUCACACCCUGAAGGAGCUCAGCCAGAUCAUCCCCAUGGAGCACGUGCAGAUCCCCGAGUGUGUGUUGCAGUAUGACGACGAGAAGAUACAAGUACAAAGGGAAAGACUUGAGGAAGAGCAGCCUAACUCAACACUGCCUAAAGAAAGAGCUUAAAAUGGAAGAACCAAUGGGGGACAUUCAUUCAUUAAAACGAGAGCCAGCUGAGACCACCAUCACACGCUUGUUGCACAGGAUUAAAUCACCUGACUGGAUCCAUUAGCUGCAAGACAAUCAUUUCUCUAAAACAUUAUUUUCAGUGACAUGCUUGCUUCUAACUAAAAGUUAAUUUAAGCCAAAGUAUUACAAGAUAUAGCUAAAUCAAAACGCAUUUGUUCCCUGCAUGUCAAGUUGAGCUUUAUCUACAGCAUGACUUCAGCUUCAUAAAUUAAAAAUUAAGGACUUGAAUGAACACUCAAGCAUCUUCCAAAAAGUCGGGAAUAUUGUCCAUUUCAACGUGUACAUACUUGUAUAGAUAUUUUUGAGAGAGGUGUUUGCACAGAUAUAUGGUUUUUGAUAUGAGUGGCAUGGGUAUUGUUUGGUUUAAUGGUCGUUUACUGAAAAAUAAUGUGCAAUGAUAUUGUUCUGUUUAGACCUACAGUAUGAUGCAAACAUGUGUUACAGGCUUUAAGUUUUCCAGAGUUGAUAUGCAGUUGGCAUGCUUGUUUAUAUCCUUCUGUCUCAUUUGUUUUUGUCAUUUGCCAUCAUGUUUUAAAAGGUACUUUACAAGAUGGAAAACAUAUAUUGUUACAAAUUAAAUUAAAUAUAUUUAAAGAGAAA